AUGGUGGAAGACGUGCUGAAAGGCACGGUGCUCGCGAACCCGGACCUGUCGCUGCUGGAGGGGGAGCGCGUGGUGAUGGUGCGCGACCAGGAGCAGCUGCGCGGGAAGGUGAAGGUGGUGUCCGGCGGCGGCACGGGCCGCGAGCCGUGGCCCGCGGGCUACGUGGGCGCCGGGCUGCUGGCCGCCGCCGUGCUGGGGGACGCCAACACGGCGCCGCCGCCGCGCCUCAUCUUGCGCGCCCUGCGCCACCUCGCCUGCGGCCACUUCCAGGGCAUCCUCGUGCUCGCGCGCAACAUCACGGGCAACCGCCUCAACUUCGGCGCCGCCGUCGAGAUGGCGCGCGCCCAAGACAUCGAAGUCAGGAUGGUGCUGGUCGGGGCGGUCGCCCGGCCGUCAGACAAGCGACGAGCGCUGCGCGACGUCGACGCCACCGCCGUCCUCUGCAAGAUCGCGGGCGCCAUGGCCGAGAGCGGCUUCUCGCUCGACGAAAUCUUUCACCUGUGCCAGACUCUGGCUACUAACGACUUGACAACCGUCUCCACGAGCUUGACGGCGCCCUCCCUCGCGGGUUUCGUCACCGGCGACACUGACACGCACUACCGUUGCGCGAAGAAACGACACCCGAGUCUCUCGGCCAGUCCCGACGCCGUGCGGACGGCGCUGAAUCCGUUCUUCGAAGACGCGUGGGAAGGUAACAGACGUAUCGAUACGGAGCACCAGGUCGUCGUCUUUAUCGACAAUGCGGGGAAGUCGCCCAAGCUGGAAGAGAAUCUCGUCGUGUGGGAGACCGUCAGCUGCCUGCGCGAGAAGGGCUACGAAGUACCGAGGGCGUACUGCAGCGCUUUUAUGACGUCCCCGGAAGACGCUACAUUUUUCGUAACUUUACUUCGGAUAUCCUUCGCUUGCGUACUGAAGUACUUGGACGCACCCACGACUGCCGUGAGUUGGCCUCGCCACCUUCAGUAUACUACUGCAGGUGCAGAAAGUGUGACGGUCGAGCUGCCGCUGACUGUGGAGCCCACUCUUUCUCAGGGUGAUUAA